AGCAGGUCCCUCAGCUCCGUUCCCACUAAUUGGUCUCAUUAGGCGGUGGGCAGGAGUGCUCUAGCUGCACAGAUCCAGCCCUGUCAUCCGCUUAGCGCCCUCGCAUCACCCGGCACUCCCGCCCCGUGCCCCCUCCCGCCGCUGCCGCCGCAGCCGCAGCCACCCCCAUUGUCGUCUCUGCUCUCCUCGCGGAUCCAGGGCAUGCUUGAUGCUCCUGCUCCCGGCCUCGGCGGCGGUGAAGCUCACUAUCCACCCGCGGAGACAUGAGGCGCGGGCCGCGGGCCGUCCUGGCGCUGGGGCUGCUGCCCUUCUGCCUGGUCCAGGCCAACUUUGCCCCCCAUUUCUUUGACAACGGAGUGGGCAGCACCAAUGGAAACAUGGCCCUAUUCAGCCUCCCAGAGGACACCCCCGUGGGUACCCAUGUGUACACACUGAAUGGGACAGACCCAGAGGGAGACCGGGUCUCCUAUCACAUCAGCUUUGACCCGAGCACCAGAAGCGUCUUUUCUGUUGACCCCAAUUUUGGAAACAUCACUCUGGUUGAAGAGCUGGACAGAGAGAGGGAGGAUGAGAUUGAAGUCAUCAUCAGCAUUUCUGACGGCCUGAACCUGGUGGCAGAAAAAGUUGUGAUCCUAGUGACAGAUGCCAAUGACGAGGCACCCAGGUUCAUCCAAGAGCCUUAUGUCGUCCUGGUUCCUGAGGACACACCUGCCGGAAGCAGCAUCUUCAAGGUCCAUGCAGUGGACAAGGACACUGGCUCUGGAGGGAGUGUCACCUACUUCCUGCAGAACCUGCACUCCACCACAUUUGCCCUGGAUCACCACAGCGGAGUGCUGCGCUUGCAGACCAGAGCCACUCUGGACUAUGAGAAGUCCCAGACUCAUCUUGUCACUGUGAUUGCCAAGGAUGGCGGGGGCAAGCUUCGAGGGGCCGACAUUGUGUUUUCAGCCACCACCACUGUCACAGUCAAUGUGGAGGACAUUCAGGACAUGCCUCCUGUCUUCGUGGGCACACCCUACUAUGGCUACGUGUAUGAAGACACCCUGCCGGGCUCAGAGGUGCUGACAGUGGUGGCCAUGGAUGGAGAUCGGGGCAAACCCAACCACAUUGUCUACAGCCUCGUGAACGGUAGUGAUGGAGCCUUUGAAAUUAAUGAGACAUCUGGAGCCAUUUCGGUCAUGCAGAGCCCUGCCCAGCUCCGGAAGGAAGUGUAUGAGCUGCAUGUACAGGUGACAGAGAUCAGUUCUGCAGGAAGCCCAGCUGCCCAGGCCAUCGUCCCUGUCACCAUCAGGAUUGUGGACCUCAACAACCAUCCACCAACAUUCUAUGGAGAGAGUGGGCCUCAGAACAAGUUUGAGCUGUCCAUGUAUGAACAUCCGCCCCAGGGGGAGAUCCUGCGGGGCCUCAAGAUCACCGUCAAUGACUCUGACCAGGGAGCCAAUGCCAAAUUCAACCUGCGGCUGGUGGGACCCAGAGGCCUCUUCCGAGUGGUCCCACAGACGGUCCUAAAUGAAGCCCAAGUCACCAUUAUUGUGGAGAAUUCAGACGCCAUUGACUUUGAAAGCUCUCAGGUGUUAACCUUUAAGCUCCUGGCCAUUGAAGUGAAUACUCCAGAGAAGUUCAGUUCCACGGCAGAUAUUGUGAUCCAGCUCCUGGACACCAAUGAUAAUGUCCCCAAGUUCACUUCUCACUACUAUGUUGCCAGGAUCCCUGAGAAUGCCCCAGGGGGCUCCAACGUGGUGGUUGUCACAGCUGUGGAUCCAGACACAGGACCCUGGGGCAAAGUCAAAUACUCCAUCUCUGGUACUGGGGCCGACCUGUUCCUGAUACACCCGUCCACUGGGCUUAUCUACACCCAGCCCUGGGCGAGCCUGGAUGCUGAAGCCACUGCUAGAUACAACUUUUAUGUGAAGGCUGAAGACAUGGAGGGCAGGUACAGCCUGGCUGAAGUAUUCAUCACUCUACUGGACGUCAAUGACCACUAUCCCCAAUUUGGAAAAAGCAUCCAGGAGAAGACGAUGGUCCUCGGGUCCCCAGUGAAAAUUGAGGCCAUAGAUCAGGAUGCAGAGGAACCCAACAACCUGGUGGACUAUUCCAUCACCCAUGCGGAGCCAGCCAAUGUGUUUGAAAUUGAUGCACACACAGGAGAGAUCAGGCUCAAGAAUUCCAUCCGCUCCCUCGAUGCUCUGCACAACAUCACACCUGGAGGGGACUGCACAUGGUCUUUACAAGUGCAGGCCAAGGACCGAGGCUCCCCAUCCUUCAGCACCACAGCCUUACUCAAGAUUGACAUCACAGACACUGAGACACUGUCCCGAAGCCCCAUGGCUGCCUUCCUGAUACAAACCAAGGACAAUCCCAUGAAGGCCGUGGGUGUGCUGGCCGGUAUCAUGGCCAUUGUUGUGGCCAUAACCGUCCUCAUCUCCACUGCCACUUUCUGGCGUAACAAGAAGUCCAACAAGGUCCAGCCGGUGCGACGUGUAUUCCGCAAGCGUUUCAGACCUGCACCCCGCACUGCCCGCACUGAGUGGCUCAAGUUCAGGAAGGACAAGUCUGCCACCAAGUUCAUGCUAAAAGAGGAUCCUACCAAUGAGAACUGCAAUAACAGCACUGGAAGCCCAUUGCCCCCCAUAGCUCCAGCUCUCCCUCCACCCCCCAGAAUGGUGCCCAACACAGUCACCUGCUGUACGGUGCCUACAGUCUCUGGAUCCCUCACCCCAGAGAGAUCCCAACAGUCACCUCAGUCUGAGGCCUUGGGAAGCUCCACCCAGUUGACUCUGGUCUCUGAGCUCAAGCAAAAGUUUGAGAAGAAAAGUACAAACAAGGCUUACUUCUAGAGAAUACCCUGUAGCUCCUUCUUCCCUUCCUACCCAACAUAGCCACCCUGCUGAUCUCAAUGUGCUCCCCUUCCUCUGCUUCUGAAGGUCAUCCCUGUUUUGUACCCCAUACACAAGUCUCUGGAUAGGGCCUUGGGCAAGCAAUUUCUCAGGAUGCAUUUAGCAAAUAUGUCCCCGUGCCCCCAAUCCUUGACAAAGCCAUGAUGCUCCCCAUUCUUCAGAGGCCAGGAGUUGACAAGGAGCUAGCUCUAUGCAUCUUCUACUCACCAACCCCAGACUUCACAGUUGCUUGGGUCCUACUGGAAUCUCAUCAUAGGGCCUUGGCUAUAUGUGAUAAGCCAACAAGAAUCUGGAUCCUGAAGCCCAUAGCUAAGAGCUUGAGCAGGAAAAGGAGAUCUAGUCCUGGCUGAGGCUGGAGGUCAGCAAACUUUACAUUCCAUAGGAGAGGAAAUGCAGGCAAGCAGGGGGAGAAGAGACACUGAAAACUCAUCCUGGCUGCAGGGCUCUGCCUGAAGCCACUGAAACACUGAAGCAUGGCACCCGGGUGAGAUUGUAGACCACUGUUGUGCUCAUGUGGGACAAGGGACCUACAGGUAUAAGAUGGUUUUACCAAGAGUGAAGGCAGAAAUGCCUGUCCAGGACUGCCCUGGUCCUAGAAGCUGGAGCCACACUGGGAGCUCUAAAAGUACCCAAAAGAGGGUUGGGACUCCUCUCUGAGAAGCUGCCCCACCAGUCCUCUUCCAAAAGACAGUGUAGGGUGGUAGAUAGAUAUCCGGGCUGAGAUCUAAGGGAUCUUCUGUUUUUAUUCAACUUAGGGAAGCUGUUUUAACUCUCUGAUUAUCUUCUUCCUCAUCAGUAAAACGAAGAACCUCAGCCCCCAAGGUUGUGAUGAAGCCUUCAACCAAGUGCAAAGUGGCACAAAUGCAAAGUUUUUUUUUAUGCAGGCCAGUUCUCUGAGUACAGUUCUUCUAGAAAAUAUCAGAAUCUCUCAGAUACACUGGUGGUGUUGUGCUGGCUACCACUGGUCCCCAGAAGCCAGAACCAGAUGGCGGCUUUCUGUUUCUGUUCUCCCCUCACCCAUUCCACUCUCAGGGAGCACCAGAGCUGGGCAGCAAUGUCUAGUUCGAGUCUCCAUUUUGCCAAGAUAAGGGAAAUGAGUUCCCAAGAAAGGCAUGAUUUGUCCGAUGUUGCAUAGUGGGUUAGUAGCUGGGAUCUGGUCUAAAAGCAUUUUCCUGUAGCCUAGGCAUACAUUGUUAAUAUGUGACAAUGUUCCCAAGAGAGAAACCCUACAAACCUGCUAUGGUUAAUAUACAGAGGUUCUUCCCUGCUUUAAGGAACCUGCCAUAAGAAAAUCUAGAUUUAUACACAGAUAGAAAAAUAGAAUUGUUCUUUACAUUUUGCCCCACUUGCACAGAAGCCCUCUAGAAUAUGUCGUGAUUUUAUGAGAAGAGAUUUUAUGCUUGUGUGAUGUCUGAAUCUGUGUUUUGAGGUAUAACUCAGAUGUGCCAGUGUACAGAGUUCUUGCCAGGGUGUCUUCAGUUCCUAACCCAAACAGUAUUAAUGAGGGGCAGGCUCUAGCAUGUCAGGAGCCCAGACUGGACAGGUCUUUCCAGACUUUUCAGGAGAGGGCUGGGUUGGAUCAUGUCUGCUCAUUGCAGGGAAUACAGCAUCCUUACAACAUGCAUGCGGUCAACCUCUUUUGUAAAUGGUAAAUAAAAGUCUAAUAACUCUACAACAAUAUGA